AUGGCAACUCUGAGUGAUAUUGGGGUCUCAGCAUUGAUCAAUAUACUGAGUGCCAUAGCUUUCCUUUUGGCCUUUGCUUUUCUUAGAAUUCAACCUGUCAAUGACAGGGUCUAUUUUCCCAAAUGGUACAUUAAUGGCUCCAGGACCAGCCCAAGGGGCUCUGGCAACUUUGUGGGCAAGUUUGUAAAUCUCAACUUCAAGACUUACCUCACUUUUUUGAAUUGGAUGCCUCAGGCCAUGAAAAUGAGCGAGUCUGAGAUUAUCAACCAUGCUGGCCUUGACUCUGCUGUUUUUCUUAGAAUUUACAUUCUCGGCUUGAAGAUUUUUGUUCCAAUGGCAGUCCUAGCACUCCUUAUUCUCAUUCCAGUCAAUGUAUCAAGUGGAACAUUAUUUUUCCUAAGGAGAGAAUUAGUUUUGAGUGACAUUGAUAAGCUCUCUAUAUCAAAUGUGCGCCCUAAAUCCAUAAGGUUUUUUUUCCACAUAGGAUUGGAAUACUUGUUCACACUCUGGACUUGUUACAUGUUAUACAAGGAGUAUGACUAUGUAGCAUCAAUGAGGUUACAAUUCUUAGCUUCUCAACACAGGCGUGCAGAACAGUUCACAGUAGUGGUUAGGAGUAUACCACAUGUCUCUGGUCGCUCAGUAUCAGAUACUGUGGAUCACUUCUUUCAAAAGAACCACCCAAAUAAUUAUCUUUGUCACCAGGCAGUGUACAAUGCAAACAAAUUUGCCAAACUUGCAAGAAAGCGAGAUAGGCUCCAAAAUUGGCUAGACUAUAACCUCCUUAAGUUCGAAAGGCAUCCAGACAAAAAACCAACUACAAAGAAAGGAUUUUUGGGGCUUUGGGGUGAAAGCGUUGAUUCCAUCGAGUACUACAAACAACAGAUAAAGCAGUUUGAUAAAAUAAUGACACUGGAACAACAAAAGAUUCUCAAAGACCCCAAGUCUAUUUUGCCGGUUGCUUUUGUAUCUUUUGAUUCACGCUGGAGUGCGGCUGUUUGUGCACAGACACAGCAGAGCAAGAAUCCCACACUAUGGUUGACAAAUUGGGCCCCAGAACCCCGGGAUGUUUAUUGGCGUAACUUGGCUAUACCUUUUGUUUCUUUAAGCAUCCGAAAACUUGUAAUAACGCUUUCAGUGUUUGCUUUGGUGUUCUUCUACAUGAUACCCAUAGCCUUUGUGCAAUCGCUUGCAAAUUUAGAAGGCCUGGAAAGAGUUGCUCCUUUUCUCAGGCCGGUUAUAGAAUUGAAAUUCAUCAAGUCAUUUCUACAGGGCUUUCUUCCUGGCCUUGCCCUCAAGAUAUUUUUGUACAUUCUCCCAACUGUAUUAAUGAUCAUGUCGAAAAUUGAGGGGCAUAUAGCAUUAUCAACCCUUGAACGGAAAACAGCAGCAAAAUACUAUUACUUCAUGUUAGUGAACGUAUUCUUGGGAAGCAUAGUGACUGGAACAGCUUUUCAGCAACUGCAUGCUUUCCUUCACCAAUCUCCUACCCAGAUUCCAAGAACCAUUGGAGUUUCUAUACCAACGAAGGCUACCUUCUUUAUUACAUAUAUAAUGGUUGAUGGGUGGGCUGCAGUUGCUGGUGAGAUUCUCCGUUUAAAACCAUUAGUUAUAUUUCAUCUGAAGAACAUGUUUUUGGUAAAAACGGAAAGAGAUAGAGUGAAGGCAAUGGACCCUGGGAGUGUGGAUUUUCCAGAGACUCUCCCAAGUCUUCAACUAUACUUCCUUCUGGGUAUUGUGUACGCUGUGGUUACCCCAAUCCUGCUUCCUUUCAUACUAGUCUUCUUUGCCCUUGCAUACUUAGUCUACCGUCAUCAGAUAAUCAAUGUGUACAAUCAACACUAUGAAAGUGCUGCUGCAUUUUGGCCACAGGUCCAUAGCCGCAUUAUAGCAAGCUUAGUGAUAUCUCAACUACUUUUGAUGGGUUUGCUAAGCACAAAAAAGGCUGCUAAUUCAACUCCAUUUCUUGUUGUUCUACCCAUAUUAACAUUAUCAUUCCACAAGUACUGCAAGUAUCGUUUUGAACCUGCAUUCAGAGAGUACCCACUUGAGGAAGCAAUGGCAAAAGACACAAUGGAGCGAACUGCGGAACCUGACCUAAAUUUGAAGUCAUACUUGGCCGACGCCUACUUGCACCCCAUUUUCCGGUCAUUUGAGGAACAGGAGUUGGUUGAAGUCAGAAUAGACAAGCAUCAAACUCAUGCUGCCACUCCCAUAACAAGCGAACUCAGUUCCCCCUCUCCACCCCAUUAUGUCCAUCAGACACCCCCAUCUCCUCCCCAUUAUGCCCAUUAUCAAUCAUCUCCACCCCAAUACGUCUAUAAUUCAAACUCUCCUCCCAGUUAUGAGUAUCAUUCAACCUACCCACCACAUUAUGCCUAUUACAACGAAGAACCUUGA